GCCAUGACACAACGAAGGAGCAGCAGUCAAAAGGCCUCCGAGGAAGGCGAGAAUGACGGCGUGAUUGGUUUCUAUCUUACUGCGCUAAUUACCGCGCCGUUCGUUAUGGAGUACUUCAGUACAACACACUAAACGUCAUCGGGUACUAAUAUUCGUGUCAGGUCGAGGCGUCGCUUUAACGUUUGUCGGGCUAGCUUAGCAUGCUAGCUGCUAGCAAAGAGAAGCGGAAGUGAUCAACAUCGCUGACCAGAGACCGAGUGUGAGUGUAAAGUGGGAUCGUGUGAAAAUGUGUCAAGUCCAAAUGCUGAGAGCGUUGGUGAAUCAGCGACUAACUGCGGCUGUUGAAGAAAUAUUUGUAGUGUUGGAAAGAACCAUAGCAGAGUACGAGGAGGAACUUUCUCGAACAAAAGAGGAGAACGAGCGACAACGUCAACUACUGGACGCCGUUUUCAGGAAGCAUCAGCCCGGAUCAAACCCAGCAGGUUGAAAAGCAUGGCCGCCAUCCAGCUAGACAGCCCUUGUUCAUACUGAGCGUGUGUCUCAUGAUGGUGAAACAUCUAUGAUGUCAUUGGCAGCAACACAAACAAUGGAUAACGGCGGUGGGACGAGAGCGGCAGGAAGCGUUGGUGACGAAGACCCUCCCUCCAGGGUGAAGCAGGGCGGGCCGCAGCCCCCCGACAUGAAGGAGGAAGAGGAGGAGCCCGGCAUGAGUCAGGAGGAAGGACCGGAUGAGGCCGACCUCGUCCACUUGCCCUUGACCGGAGUCAUUGUGAAGAGUGAAGAUGAUGAUGAUGAUGUCCAUGGCAGAAGGUCGGCGCCGGCGCGGCCGUCAGACAGCGACGUGAGGGACACUGACGACGAAGGCUCGCGCCACGCUGACAGCACGCACUUGAAAUGCUCGCAGUGCCGCAAAGCCUUCAGCGACAACUCCGCUUUGAAACGACACAUGAGGUGCCACACGGGGGAGAAACCUUUCGCCUGCUCGCUUUGCCAGAAGAGUUUCUCUCAGAAGGCGUCGUUGGUGAUACACACAAGAACGCACACGGGCGAGAGGCCCUACGCUUGCGGCGUGUGCAACAAAAGCUUCCGUGAUAAUUCGGCACUGGCCACGCACAUGAGGACGCACACGGGGGAGAAACCCUUCACUUGCCCCUUUUGUGACAAACGCUUUGCUCACAAGGGACAUUUGAUAUCGCACACGAGGACGCACACGGGGGAGAAACCUUUCACCUGCUCUGUCUGCGACGCCAGCUUUCGGGUGCACUCGGUCAUGAUGAUCCACAUGCGGACGCACACGGGGGAGAAACCUUUUGCCUGCUCAGUGUGCGGCAAAAGAUUCACCCAGAAGGGAAGCUUGAUUAUACACACGAGAACGCACACUGGAGAAAAACCGUUUCCCUGCUCUGUGUGCAACAAACCAUUUCGGGUUCGUUCGGCGCUCGUGACGCACAUGAAAACGCACCGCGUUCGCUAACAUCUGCCAGGCCGGAUUUGCUGAUAGAGUGCAAGCUGUAGCGGAUGGAAGGAUGGAUGGAUGGAUGGAUGGAAGGAUGGAUGGAAGGAUGGAUGGAUGGAUGGAUGGA